AUGGGAAGUGGGUUAUUUGUUGAAAAUAUACCGUUUGAGAAUAGGCAAGCCCUCUGGCUGUCAAUGUCAGGUUGGGCAUUUUACUUUAUUAUAGCCUCCAUGAUCAAAGUGGCCACAUGCAUGUAUUAUCUACGAAUAAUACCUGACCACCGAGCCCGUCUCCAGCACUUUGUCUAUGUCCUAUCUUCGGCUAUAAUGGUUUUAGGGCUGGUCGAAGCCGGAAUCUGGGUCUUCAAUUGCUCUCCCGUAGCGGGUAAUUUCAUCUACAAUAUCGAAGGGACGUCUUGUCCACCGGUGGAUAAGGCACGAUGGAGUUGGAUUAUUUUUAGUACGAUUGUGGAUGGCGCGGUUUUGUGGAUUCCUUGGAGGAUCUUGCAACAGUCCGGACUUCCUCCUGCGGAGAGACGAGUGUUAAAGUUGGUAUUUGGAGCGAAUUUGUUAGGGACUUUGGCGUGUAUCGCCAACGUUUAUGGUGUUAUGACUUUCGAAGGUUCUGCUUUCACAGAUCCGUAUGGGCGUACUGGAGACGACUUCACCCAUUCCGAAGCGGCUUUUAUUCUCAUCAAUAACGGGGAGGUAUUGAUGUAUGUUAUCGGGGCGUGCUUUCCAGUUUUAUCGCCAUACCUAGUGUCGCUUGCUCGGUCUCAUGUUGGAUCGAGACGUAAAUCGACAACAAUGCCGUCUUGGAGAGUUUCACCAAUCGAUGCCCAUCAGUAUGCAAGAAGGGAGAGUAACGCGAAGAGGUUGGGAACCGAAUACCCCGGCCUUGGGACAGUAAUCGAGAGCGAUGAAAGAGCAGUCGACGAACUAGAGGAGAGGAGAGUGGGCACAGGAACGACCAUGGCAGUGCCACUGACCCCGGAUUUUGGUCCUGAGGGUCUAGGGCUGUUGAAGAAGACCAGCGACGGCGGCUUCAGCCUGAACAUUGACAUACCGCGGGAGACACAUGUGAGAGCCAGCAGCGGGAGCAGUGGCAGUAAGACGUUGUCUUUAUCGCCUAUGAGGGAUUUGGACUUGGAAAGAGGUCUGCUAUAG